GCCUUCUAGCAAGAGCUGAUAGAACAGGGAGGCAAGAUGAAGACAAAGGCCAUAGCUUUCCUUGGGUCACUAUAUGUUGCAUGCUCUUGUGCUUUCCCAGUGGUUCCAGAAAAAGAAAAAGAAGAAAUACAGUUUGCUAAGCAAUACCUGGAAAAUUUUUAUGAUUUCAAAGAAGGAAAAAGUUCUCUUUUUAAAGCAAAGGAUCUCAAUCCCAUGAGUGAUAAAAUCAGAGAAAUGCAGUCGUUCUUUGGGCUGGAAGUGACCGGGGAGCUGAAUCAUAAGACGCUGGACAUGAUGAAGAAGCCUAGAUGUGGAAUACCAGAUGUCCGCUCAUACAGCACCUUCCCACUGAGUCCCAGGUGGAAAAAAGAAGAUGUGACUUAUCGGAUUUUGAACUACACUCCAGACAUGUUACAAGCUGAUGUAGAGGAGGCAAUUGCAAGAGCCUUCCAGCUCUGGAGCAGUGUCACCCCUUUGAGAUUCACCAGGGUCUACAGUGGUCAAGCAGAUAUAAUGAUCUCCUUUUCAUCUGGAUUUCACGGUGAUUUCUAUUCCUUUGAUGGUCCAGGAGGAACUCUGGCUCAUGCUUAUCCUCCAGGUAGUGGGAUAGGAGGAGAUGCUCACUUUGAUGAAGAUGAAAACUGGACCAAAUUUACUACCUCUAAUGGAUACAACUUGUUUCUUGUUGCUGCUCAUGAGCUGGGCCACUCACUAGGUCUUGGUCAUUCCAAUGUCUUUGGUGCUUUGAUGUAUCCUAUAUAUAUGGCCAGGGAUACAAGGGACUACAAGCUUCCUCAGGAUGACAUUGAUGGCAUUCAAGCUCUCUAUGGACACCCCAAGGAAUCUGCUGCACUUCCAACAAAAGUUUUUCCUCCACAAGAACCAACGGAAAUGCCACCUGCAGAAGCAACAACUGAAAUGCCGCCCUGGGAAGAACCAACAAAAACAACACCCUCCAAAACCCCCAUAAGACCAAAGGACUGUGACCCUCAUUUGAGUUUUGAUGCUAUCACCACUCUCCGUGGGGAAACACUGUUCUUCAAAGGGAGCUACGUCUGGCGCCUAAGUCCAUACUUCUCAGAAAUCGAGCACGACACCAUCGCUUCCUUCUGGCCAUCACUGGUUGCUGGCUUUAAUGCUGCUUAUGAGGUUGACAAGAGGGACAGAGUGCUGUUUUUUAAAGAUAACCACUACUGGGCUGUCAGUGGCUACAACAUAGAGCAAGGCUUCCCUAAGCCUAUUCAGAACCUGGGCUUCCCCAGCAGUGUCAGGAAAAUUGAUGCAGCUGUUCAUGAUGAGAGUACCAAGAAAACCUAUUUCUUUGUGGGCCACAAGUACUGGAGUUUCAAUGAAAACACUCAGUCAAUGGAAAGAGGAUAUCCAAGAAAAAUAGCAGCUGACUUCCAAGGCAUUGGCCACUCAGUUGAUGCUGCCCUUCAGAAAAAUGGACUUUUCUACUUUUUCCAUGGAGCAAAUCAGUAUGAGGUGGACAUCAAGAGCAAGAAAGUCAUCCGUAUGAUGAAGAGCAACAGCUGGUUUAAUUGCUAACAAUGUUAACUGAUGCUGCAGGGCUGUGCUUGUGCCAGAAAUAUUUUUUCAUGCUCCUUGGUUAUAAACAAUAUCAUUCACAUGUUACUGUGCAUCUGAAAUGACAGCCUUUAAUCAUUUUAACUUAAAACCUUCAAAUUUUAAAACUUAAUGUACAGUUUUAAUUUAUUUUCUUUUCCAAGUAUUUAUUAAUCAAUCUUGUUUUGAAUAAUAAAGUAUAAAAUAGCA